UUCAAAAGAAAAAAAAUAUUGUUCCACGUAAAUUAAAUGUAUCAAAGUUUAGUAAGAUAUGGUAUAUUUAUUUUUAUUUAAUUUUUUAUUACAAAAAAAAAGUCCUGCUGCAAAAGUGUGUGGAAAUAUCAUUAACAUCGUAUGAGAAAAGGAAAAAAACAAUAUAAUUGCAAAUAUAAUAAGAAGUAUAAAAUAUGAAAGAAAUGCACUCGCAAAAUGACGCAAAAGUUACACCCUGUUGUGUUAUCAGGACCAAGUGGCUGUGGUAAAUCUACACUUAUAAAAAAGUUAACUACGGAAUUUCCAACCAAAUUUGGGUUUAGUGUUUCACAUACAACAAGAGCUCCUCGUCCUAAUGAAAUUGAUGGGAAAGACUAUCACUUUACAACCUUGGAAGCUAUAAACCAAAAGAUUGAAGCUGGUGAGUUUAUAGAAAGCGCAACAUUUAGUGGAAAUAAAUAUGGAACAAGUAAAAAGGCUGUGCAUGAUGUGUUAGAAACUGGAAAAAUAUGCAUACUGGAUAUUGACUCACAGGGUGUUAAAAGUAUUAAAAAGACCGACCUUCACUGUGUGCUUAUAUUUAUCAAGCCGCCUAGCCUUGAGGAGUUGGAAAGAAGGUUAAGAGAGCGUGGUACUGAAACAGAAGAAGCAAUUCAAAAAAGACUUGAAUCUGCUAAAGCAGAGUUAGAUUAUGCUACAGAAGCUGGUUCCUACCACUUUACCAUAGUUAAUGACGAUUUAGAGCGAGCUUAUAAAGAGCUAAAGGAAAUUAUAUCUAAGGAAAUUUCACAGUUAUGAUAUACUUAGCACAACCAAGAUUUUCUAAAUAUAUUUUUAAUUUAAUAAAUUGGUGGACAUAUUUUUAUAGUUAAUGUGUUAUAUUUAUAAAUUACUAAAAACCUAUGAUUUUAAGUUCUGUUACACAAAGCUGCUCACUAGUUGUAACUUUUAAAUUUAUAUUUUUAUGUUUAUAUAUUUUAGAAUAUAUUAUAUUUAGUGUUAAUUUUAUCCAUGUAACGAUAUGUAUUUUAAACGUUAAAAAUUUACUCAUAAA